UGCAGAUAGACAGUACAGAGGCAGCCACUGGUUGUAGACAGCUUAGUUUACACAAGAAGAAGAAGACAUACCUUUUUGGAUAUAGACAAAAACUGCACUUUUUGGAAAUGGGUACAUGUGGAUCUAGGCUUCAGAAACAAGAACAGGUCCUGAUGCUGGGCCUGGACGGAUCAGGAAAGACCACCCUCCUCUACAAACUGAUGUACAACGAGAGCGUGGUGACAGUGCCAACUGUGGGCUUCAAUGUGGAGACGCUGGAGACAGACAGGAGCAGCCCGAGCCUGACAGUGUGGGACGUGGGGGGCCAGAAGAAGAUGAGGCCCCACUGGAAGCAUCACUAUGCUGAUACAGCCGGACUGGUGUUUGUGGUGGACAGCUGGGAUCAGAAACGACUGGACGAGGCCUGCAAGGAACUCCAUCGGGUCCUAAGGUACGAAAGCCUCAGAGGAGUUCCUCUUGUGGUCCUCGCCAACAAACAGGACCUCCCAAGAGCUCUGAGCCCAGAGGCACUUUGCCUCAAACUGGACUUAAAAAGAGUGUGUGAGGGCAGAGCCUGGUUCAUUCAGCCCUGUUCAGCCACCACCGGCAUGGGACUAGAAGAAGGUUUCAGGAGGAUAGUCUAUCUGAUGAAGACCCCACUGAAACAGACUCAAGAGGACAUUAAAGUUAAGAUGAGGUCAAAGGGCUUCAGCAUCACAGCUGUAAAACAAGUCAUGCUCUGCAGCAGAUGAUGGAUAAAAAUCUUUUUUUGAAGUUUCAUUCAUGCCAUGCUUAGGAUUUCCUCUCGCCUGGCCAUGUGAGUCAUCUGCAAAUAUGGCCUCGCUGUGGCGUCUAUAAGAUCCAAUCAGGGGAGGCAGUAAUAAGAAGGAUGACAUUAACACAGUGAUUAGUGUUAAUGUCUGUGAAAUAUAAAAGUUUAGCUGGAUCAAGGAGAAGAGAAAGCGUCUUUGGACGGUGACGAUAAACCACAAGGAUUCUGUUAACAAUCUUGGAAAAUCAGGGUAGUUUUGAGAAAACAGUGGACAUGUCACACAAUGUUUGAGACAGUUCAGUCUGACAGUGCACAGACUGUAUGCAGAAAACUGACUGAUUACAAACAGAAAUGUUCUUUUCCAUUUGUGCACUAUUUUUACUUUAUGUAUUUAUUUGUAGUAUUUUUUAACAUCACAACAUUAAA